GGAAGAAGGUAAUCGACGCGAUCUGAUGACGCUCGCCCUUCGGCGACGAACAUUGAUGUUGUCAUCGAGGGCCCGCCUCUCCGUCGGCGACCCAUUUCCGAGCCGCAGCAGAGCAUGAGGAUCUUAUGGAGGCCAUUUGGAUUUGGAUUCUCAAGAAGACAUCUCAAAGUGGAAAGCUGUGGAAUAACUGAAUCAGAAUCAUCGAUUCCACUAGCUUGGGUGUCAUUGAUACAGAAACCUAACAGGACACCUGAUAUUUUCUCGUUGGAUCAAAGAAAAAGAUUCUCAACCAUGCCUGAAAUAGAAACAAAUCGGAGAGACUCUGAAUUGUUUUCACCACCCUCUGAUGUUCGAGGAAUGACAAAACUCGAUAGAGCAGCUUUUAAAAAAACAGUCACCAUCCCAGUGCUUAAAGUGAGGAAAGAAAUAGUCAAUAAAUUGAUGCGGUCCCUUAAAAAGGCAGCACUGCAGCGCCCAGGCAUCAAACGUGUGAUUGAAGAUCCAGAAGAUGAAGAAAGUAGACUAAUUAUGUUGGAUCCCUAUAAAAUCUUUACCAGUGAUUCCUUCGAGAAAGAAGAACUCAGUAUUUUAAAGCAACUAAAUGUCAGUCCACAGAUAUCUAAAUAUAAUUUGGAACUAACUUAUGAAAACUUUAAAUCAGAAGAAAUAUUGAGAGCCGUGCUCCCUGAAGGUCAAGAUGUGACUUCAGGGUUUAGCCGAGUCGGACACAUCGCCCACCUGAACCUUCGAGAUCAUCAGCUACCUUACAAGCAUUUAAUUGGCCAAGUAACAAUUGACAAAAAUCCAGGAAUCACCUCAGCAGUAAAUAAAAUCAAUAAUAUUGAUAAUACCUACCGAAAUUUCCAAAUGGAAGUACUUUCUGGGGAGGAGAAUAUGAUGACCAAGGUUCGAGAAAACAACUACACCUAUGAAUUUGAUUUUUCUAAAGUCUAUUGGAAUCCUCGUCUCUCCACAGAACACAGCCGUAUCACAGAACUUCUCAAACCUGGGGAUGUCCUAUUUGAUGUUUUUGCUGGGGUUGGGCCCUUUGCCAUUCCAGCAGCAAAGAAAAACUGCACUGUAUUUGCUAAUGAUCUCAAUCCUGAAUCCCAUAAAUGGCUACUGCACAACUGUAAAUUAAAUAAAGUGGACCAAAAGGUGAAAGUCUUUAACUUGGAUGGGAAAGACUUCCUCCAAGGACCCGUCAGAGAAGAGUUAAUGCAGCAACUGGGAUUACUGUCAAAAGAAAGAAAACACUCUGUGCACAUUGUCAUGAACUUGCCAGCAAAGGCAGUUGAGUUUCUCUGUGCUUUCAAAUCACUCUUAGAUGGACAGCCAUGCAGCAGUGAGCUCCUUCCCAUAGUGCACUGUUACAGCUUUUCCAAAGAUGCUAAUCCUGCUAAGGAUGUUCAGCAACAAGCUGGAACUGUGUUAGGUGUUUCCUUGGAGGCAUGCAGUUCAGUUCACCUAGUAAGAAAUGUGGCCCCCAACAAGGAAAUGUUAUGCAUCACCUUUCAGAUUCCUGCUGCUGUACUCUACAAGAAUCAGACCGAAAAUCAAGAGACUCAUGAUGAUCCACCUCUUAAACGCCAGAGGACAGAUAGAGACUUUUAAGAAGACAAAACACCAAUUGCUUCAAUCACUUAAUUGGAAAUAUUUUCUCUAUCUCCCCAUUAGACCUCUAUGUAGUGAAAUAUCAUUUGUAUGAUUUCAUAUUUUAGUAUUCAGUUAUUUUAGUAUUGAACCAUUUUAUAUUUUGCCUUGCUGUAUUACAAAUCAUAUUUAACUUUUUGUCAGAUAAAUAUGUUUAAAUACCGUCUUUCUGUUGGGAAAAUAGUUUUUGAAGGUGGGAUAAUUGUGCGCUACCUAGGAAAGCACUAAUCAUUGUUCGGUUAUUCUUAGUUGAAUAGUAUAGCUAAGUUUUAUAUAGGUACUUCUUUACUAUCAGUAUAAAAGUAAUAACAAAUGAGAUUAAUUAUAUCAGAGAUAGAAAACUAUGUCCAGCAGGCCAAAUCUGGCCCACCACCUGUUUUUGUAUGACAGGUGACCUAAGAAUGGUCUUUACUCUUUUUUUUUUUUUUUUUUCUUUUGGCCAUGCCUAUGGCAUGGCAAUUUCCUGAGCCAGGGAUCAAACCAGAGCCACAGCAGUGACAGUAUCGGAUCCUUAAGCUGUUGGACUGGUUCUUACAUUUUUAAAUGGUUGAAAAGGCGUCAAAAGAAUAACAUUUUAUGACAUGAAAAUUGUAUGAAAUUUGAAUUUCACUGUCCAUAAAUAAAGUUUUAUUGGAACACACCAUGCUCAUUUGUUUACAUACUGUCUCUGGCUGCUUUCAUGGUUUAACCGUAGAGUUUAGUAAAUGCAAAACAGAUGGGAUAUGAUUCUUAUUUCACACUGCUGCUCAGCACACUACAUACCACAGUGACACAGUUACAGCUCAAUAGCAUUUUGAGUGCCAUGUAUAUUACCAAGCUAUAACAUUUUACUAUUACUAGUGAAUAUCCUUCAUCCCAAAACAAGAAAAGUAGUUGUCCAAUGUUGUGCUUUUAAGGCACAGUUAGUAGAGUAUGAAUUUUUUUGAUAUUGAAUUAGAUGACAAAGCAACCAUACCUGAGCUAAAAUACUUUGAAUAAAAUGUAUUUCCAAAAGAAGUACUCAUAACAGUAUUUCCAACUCACAAAAAAACAACUGCCAGAAAAAGUAGAAAUUUAAAUUAGAAAUAUAAUAGCAGAAUUUCUUCACAAAAUAAAAAAUGAAAGUGAGGCUACAAACAAAGUAAUCUCCAAGUGACUCUUGUAAGCCAAGCAAGGAAAACCAUUUACCAAUGGUGCGUUAACUGUAUCUCAAAGUGGCAGUCUAAGAAAUGCGUCCAGAGAAAGCUAACUUGUUUAAGACUAUUAGCCUCUUGGCAAGGACAGUUGCUCAGAGAGCUGAGAACAUUGGCAGCAACAUCAGUAGUCAAAAAGGUAAAUGAGUCAGAGUGGUUCUUCACUCUUGAUGAGUGGAUAGAUGUUAUUAAUACUGCUCAGUAUUUGAGGUGUCAGUGCUGAGUUUGAAGUUACUAAAGAAUUACCCUUUGAAUCAGCCUCUAAAUACUCAAAAUGGAACAAUUACUGGUGAAUACUUUGAAAGAAGUUGAGAAAACUAAUUCUGUAAAACCUGAAGUAGAUGUUAUAACUGAUGAUAGUUUAAAAAGUGAAGUAGAAAAAGAUCUAGUUGAAGAAAUUUACAAAGCUUAUGAAAAUGUAAGAUGUUUAAAACCUAUAGUUAUUCACUAUAUCAUUCACCAGCAAGUACCUCACAACAAAUAUUUAAAUCUAUCAUAUUUUUUUAAACUAGUAGUAUCAAUCGUAUAUUUCAUUUGCUUUCUAGGACUUUAUCCUCAAAACCUUGAAUUUUGUCAGAAAUGAAGACUGAAUUUCCUGCUUAACUAUGUUUGACUUGCUUAACAAUUAUAAAGCUUAACUGCAUUUUUUUUUUUUUUUGGUUCAGAGCCAAGACUGAAAUUUCUUAAGAACCAACCUUAACCACUUCUAGAAUACUGAAUGUUUUUGGAAAUUAGUUUUUGCUAAAUACUUGAGAAUAUUUCUUAAAUAUUUCAACCCACAAUUAUAAGACAGUCAUAACUUUAAUAUGAAACAUGCUACAGUAGUCAUUUCAGUAACAUUUGAAUCACAGUACCCUCUAUUACACAUUUCCUAUGCUAUCAAAAAUUAAAACAAACAAGAUUUCCAUUCUCUGGAGUUCCCAUCAGUCGUGGCUAAGUGGAAACGAAUCUGAUUAGCAUCCAUGAGGCACAGGUUCGACCCCUGGCCUCGCUCAGUAGGUUAAGGAUCCAGUGUUUGCUAUGAGCUGUGGUGUUCACUGCAGAUGUGGCUCCGAUCUGGAGUUGCUGUGGAGUAGACCAGCUCUGAUUUGACUUCUAGCCUGGGAAGUCAAAUCAGAUUUCCCUCUAUAUGCUGUCGGUGUGGCCCUAAAAAGACCAAAAAAAAAAAAAAUUGAAUUCACACAAUUAGCAGUGAAUUUAUUUUCUGUGUUCAGUAUUUUUUGGAACCAUGCAAAUGCAGGUAAAUUACCAUAUUUUGAAAUCCAUUUAACUACAAUUGAACUUCCACAUAUCUUCAAUUAGAAAUGGUUGACGUAGGAGUUCCAUUGUGGCUCAAUGGUUAACAAACCCAAACCCAACUAGUAUCCAUGAGGAUGCAGGUUCAAUCCCUGGCCUCACCCAGUGGGUUAAGGAUCGGUCAUUGCUGUGAAAUGUGGUGUAGCAGAUGCGGCUCAGAUCUGGCAUUGCUGUGGCUGUGGCAUAGGCCGGCAGCUACCACUCUGAUUUGACCCUAGCCUGGGAACCUCCAAAUGCCGCAAGUGAGACCCUAAAAAGACAAAAGCAAAAAACAACAACAACAAAAACCUGGUUAAUGUGUUAUUGUAAUGACAUGCUAAAAAAGCAAAUACCAAGAGAUUAAGAAUCUAAUUGAGUUUUACGAAUGCCUUCCAAGUGAUGUAUAUGCUCAGUUAAAAUCACAUGCUCCUAGACUGUUAUCAGUUUUGAGUAGUAUCUGUGUGAAAAGACAAUUUUAAAGGUGAAAUGUAUAAUACCUCAUUAUAGAUAACCAUUAAAGAUUGAUCAUUUACAGUUCAUUUUGAUGAUAGGAAACAUUCAGAAUCCCAAUUAAAGGAAAUGUUACUCCUCUAAAAAGCACUAUAAAAAAUGGACUCAAUUAUACUUUGAAUUUAGUUAAUUUAAAAAAAUGUGCUAAUUUAUCUCAUUUAUCUACAAAAUGGCCUCAAUUUUGCCUCUUGGCCCACAAAGCCUAAAAUAUUUACUCCUAGGCCCACAGAAUAAGCUUGAGGACCCCUCAUUUAUUUACUUAUUUAUUUAGUCUUUUGUCUUUUUUUUUUUUUUUUUUUAGGGCUGCACCCUCGGCAUGUGGAGAUUCCCAGGCUGGGAGUCUAAUCAGAGCUGUUGCUGCCGGUUUAUGCUAGAGCCACUGCAACGCCAGAUCUGAGCCACGUUUGCGACCUACACCACAGCUCACGGCAACGCUGGAUCCUUAACCCACUGAGCGAGCCAGGGAUCAAACCCGAAAACUCAUGGUUCCUAGUCGGAUUUGUUUCCCCUGAACCAUGACGGGAACUCCAGGACCCCUAAUUUAUAUCAUUAGUUACAAACUCAAAUGCCUUCAGAGACUAGGCAGGUAAUAUAAAUAGGUGAGGGCAAUAUAUGGUAAGAAGUAUAAGGAAGUAAUGAAUUGGAAUUCUCAUUCCUUAUCUAAAGGCUAAAGCCACUUAAAACUGUUUUGGAAUUCAACCCAACCUAUUUUAUGUAAGACCUUGGGGGCUAAUUCAGCCAGGGACUGCUAGUUUGGGGCUUCUAAUUUUCUUCCUCUUCCCUCCCUUCCAAGUGUAUAUAGGUCAGGGGUCAGCAAACUUUCUGACCCCUGUGAUUCAGGCUUUGUAAGCUAUAAGGUCUCCGUUGCUUCGUAACUCUGCCAUAGCAGCCCCAAAGCAGCCAUAGCAAUUCAUAAACACUGUGUUCCAAAAACACUUUUUAUGGACACUGAAAAUUUAAUUUCAUAUGCUUUUCACAUGUUAAAAAGUAUUAACUUCUUUGGCUUUUUCCAACCUUAAAAAAAUGUCAUCACCAACCUUAGCUGAUGGAGCAUACAAAAACAGGAAGCAGCUAGAUUUGGCCAGGGUUCUGUAGUUUGCCUUCUUCUGUUCUAGGUAAAGAUAAUCAAUUUGUAAGCAGGAAUAAGAACCUUUUUCUUAGUACUGUACAUCAAUGUGAUAGGUAUAAAUAUUAAGUAUGAGUACAAAUGAUGUUUUUAUUCAUACAAGUGGUCAGAUACAUUUAUUCAGCCCUUUAUUAGGAAAAAUAUGCAGUAUACAAUUGCAAAGAAAACAGAAUCCUUAAAUGCUUCUGUUAUCAGACUUUAACCCCACUUCCUUUUUCCCUCGGAGUGGGUAAAUGAAUGUGUGAUUAUUUCAUUAUUUAAAUUUGGCUCAUCCUAAACUUUCUGAUAUGAUACCUAAUAAAUGAACUCUUGGUAAAUCCACUAGAAAAUGAUAGUAGAAUGCCCCUUAGAGACAGUUUUUUUAAUUUGUUAAACUUUGGACAAAUUUUCUGCCACCUUAAUUAGAUUUUGGAAUGAUUAUCUUACCACCUGUUGACAGGCUAAAGAUAACUUCUAAGAGAAGCUUAGAUCAAAUAUUUAUUGAAAGAAAUUAAGGAAUACUAAGUAAACUACAAUGUAUGUGUAUUCACUACCAUUAAUAUCUGCUUAAAAGUCGAUAGUCAAAUCAUAUUCUACAUAAUGAAUUUCUCAGAACUUCUCUCAACGAUAUCAACACAGUUAACAUUCCAUUUAGGAACUAGAUUAACUUGUCUAUAAAAUUUCCUGGAAGUCUUUAGAAAUUUGACUACUCAGACUUGGUUUUAUACAGCUGGUGGUUAUAAGUUUGACAGUCAUCUCUAGAACAUGGACUCUGCAGUUGAACCACUUGGGAUUCAAACCCAAACUUUGCUGUUUUUAAAUUGUAUUGACCUUUUUGGUAGGUUGCUUGACCUCUCUAUGCUUUAGUUUCUCCAUCUGUUAAUAUGGGGAAAUAAUACUGGCACUAUUAUGAAGAUUAGAUAAUACACCAAGGAUGAAGAACAGCGCUUGGCACACAGAUUAAUGUUCAGUAGCUGUUUCUGUGCUAGUGUUGUAAAAUGUUAAGACUUAAUAAAUUCAUGUUGAGGAAA